CUCUAAUCAAUAAUUAGUUGGCCUCUGAUAUUCACACAUUAGUUCGGCGCUAUAUGUGGACUAGGAUGUCUCAAUGUCAGGGGCUAGUCACUACAUCAGCCUCCUCCUGAAGGCGGCGGGCGAUAAGCGGUAAGAAUACCGAGCUGACCUUCUAGUUUCCAAAAUUAGUGCUAGUUACCAAUCAAUAAUUCUAUCUAUUUUCAUCUAUAUGAAGUGUAUUCUAUUCAGAUUAUGUCUUUAAUUGAUCAUACUCUUCAUGAUCUAGAUGCUCAAUUUAACCAUAUUUAUUUGAGUAUCCUGAAAACCUGCAAUCAAGAAGCUACACUAAGCCUUUCUCAACCAAAGAUACAGUCUCUCAACUGGACUCAUUAUCAGAAACUUAUUGAUGGGCUCUCUUAUACAUACAAAAGACACCCAAUUCUAUCUUCAGAGACUUUACUUGAUAUAUUAAGUCAAGUGAACCAUCUCCAUGAUGAUUCGUCAUUAUCAUCACAAUACCUUUCUUCACAUGAAUCUGAACUACUAUGGCUGAUAUCUGCAAAAGCUACUGCACAUUCAAUUGGCUUAGCAGUUCAUUCACUGUUAGACCAGGCCCUCGAAAUAAGUAAUGAGAUCUGGUACUGGGAUGAGGUCUUAGGAUCCUUUUGGUACACAGGACUGUACUCAAUUCAAACAUCACCUUCUCGAAUUUGGAAAUACAUAGUGCAAGGAUACCCUUCCUGGACUGGCCGGCCUUCCACAGCACCGGCCUCAACACUGCUUAUGUCCAUUCGCUACGGAUAGGGUUACCUCCGUCUUUUGUGGCAUGCAGGUCCGAAGCACAGCAGAAGCGGGGCAGUUUAAAAGCUGCCAGGAGCGUAACUGCUUCCAGUAUUGGUUUCCUAGU